AUAACAAUAAAAACACAAACGUAAGUCUUCUCAAUCACAAACAACACCAAGACGAUGAUUUAAGAUAUUAUUCAAUGUCGACGAGUUUAUGAACAAACGGUUAACACUAGGAACUAGGAAAUUGUCUGAUUACAGCAGAAUAACAGCCCAGCUGUUUCGUGUGUCGUGAAUUCUUCAAGCAGCUGAACGCCGCCUCUUGGUCCAGCUGCUCCACCGUCAACCUGUGAAUUAAUCAACGACUAGCUGAACGCUGCCUCUUGGAUCAGACUGGACAACGACAACAGUUACUGUUCUCCGGCUGGUGCCGCCUCUUGGCCCAGCUGUUACGUGUGUGUGUGAAUUUUUCACGCAGCUGAACGCCGCCUCUUGGUCCAGCUGCAUUUCCGUCAAUUUGUGAAUUUUACAAACGACCAGCUGAACGCCGCCUCUUGGAGCAGACUGGUCUACACACGUAUGACGACCUAUGCCUGAUUGCGGACCGUCCCGAAGAUCUCCAGCAGUCGAUAUUUGCUGCUAGGGACGGCUUGAGUCGGUUGGGGCUCAAGCUUAACGCCUCGAAGUGCGCGUCCCUCCAUUUGUCCGGUUGCAGGCCCGUCGGUGCCAGCAAUACAAUAUUCUCGUUAGAUGGCACCGACAUGCGUCCGUUGCUGGAGGGUGAGGCGGCCACGUUCCUGGGGGCCCAAGUCGGGUUCAACGUUGUCCCCCCGCUGUCCACACUGGUGGAAUUAACAGAAAUCGGGCUCAAGAUAGUAAGGAGCAAGUUAGCACCAUGGCAGAGGUUGGAUGCGUUGAAGACUUUCUUCUAUCCCUCCACAGUGCACCUACAGCGCAUGGGCACAUUCCCGAAAUCGGACUGGGCUCGGGUGGACAGGAUCCUCCGCCCCGAAAUCAAGGCCACGCUGUACCUCCCUCAGGAGGCGUCAGGGGAGUACAUAUACGGAUCGACGAAGAGAGGCUGUUGCGGUAUCCGUAUUUUGGCGGAGGACGCCGACAUCGCAGCUGUCGACAGUGCGUUUAAGCUGUACACGUCCCCUGACCUGAGGGUGGCGUCAGACGCUGCUGAUCACGCUGAGGAAGUUACCAGGCGGAGGAUUUCGAAAGACCCGUCGGUCCUCGAGGUUGCCUCUUACCUAUCCGGUGAGGACGAGGGCGUGAUCCGGACGACGAGAGGGUCUGGAGUGAGUAGCGUGUGGUCGAGGGCGCGUAAUGCCUCCAAACGACUUAAUGUCGAAUGGACACUUGGAGGUGCCCCCUCGAUCACUCAUGAAGGCACGGUGCUGGGUGCGAAGCACAGGAGGGCGGUGAUGAGGUCCGUUCGCUUCUCGGCGCUUGGAUCCUGGGACCCGGCCAAUGAUGCCUUCCUGAGAGUCCUGUGUAGCCGCUCUUAUGGGACUUUGAUGAGGAAAUUGUGUCCUCAUCACGUAAUAUAUAUAUUGAACACCUUACUGGUGUACGGCAAGUUUAGCCUUUUUUUUUUUUUUUUAAUUUUUAUAUUCACUGUGACUUUUUUUUUUUUUUAACUUUUUUUAACAAUUUUAUUGCUAUGUUUUUUAUAUAUAUGAUUUAUUUUUAUGUCUCCCCCCCAGCAUUGCUGAUAUUCCCCUAUUUUAUGUAUUUUUAAUGUUUGAAAUAUUAAUAAAUGAACAUCUGUUCUUAUCAGCUUAACGUGAAAACGAAUCUGGUAAAAGCGGGUAUCGUAUCGAUAGGCGCGUAACCGGUGAGAGUUUCUCCCGGCCUAUCGGUACGUGUUAGUGGUGGUGUUUAGGUGAGCUGCUCCCGGCACCCCACUAGCGUGCACACAUCUCUUGAUCCGCUGGCCACUUGGGACCUUGAGAACACCAUUUAACCUCUCACCCCUCUACCUUCGCCACUCGACAAUUGCUCCCCGCGUAUAUACCGGUGUGGGUUUUUGUGGUGUUAGGUGGGGUGAGUUGGUCCGACCAACUCAUUUGUAAAAUUGCAAGUGUUUUUGUGAAUUUUUCUUUAGUGUCGGUGAAUUUAAGUGAUUUUUUUUAUUCUUUUCCUCUUUCCUCCUCUGUGUGCGCGAAGCCAUCACCCGGUAUAGGCUUUACACUAUCCGGGUGAUAGCCACAGAAAGUGUGGAUCCACAGGAGCUUGCUCCUGCCACUGAGGCCUAACGACCUCUCACAAGCUGCAUCCGAGUUGGGUCCCA